AUGCCGAUAUGGAUGGAGGACAUCCACACACCAAAGACAAGUACACCUGACUUGGAGGAGUCCAGCUCCAACCAUGAAGCUGAAAUCUCUUCAUCAGACAAGCUGGAAGUGUCAAUGAUCCAUACCAAAGGACAUGGCCAACAUGCAUCCCACCAUUCUGGAACUGCAAAACUGGUCCAAACCAACCUUGGGAAGGUUAUCCAGGACACUAUCCUUGAAAUAAAGGUUCACCUGACAUUUGUCAAUGGUUAUCCUGAGUUGACCGAAAUGAGUCAAUUUUCAUGUGAAGCACUUCUGAGAGCAGCGCACAAGCAAAAGGUUGUGUCAGUUGAAAAACAAAUCAAGACAGAUAAAUCCUAUGCAACGGCUCUUGCUAACCUAGUCAAAGCCCAAGUUCCAAUCUUCCAUGGUAAAAUGAAAGAAGAUGCAUUUAGUCAAAUCACUGCUUACUUUCAUUUCAGCCCUGACUUGGACUGCACUAGUGUUGCCCAACCAUUCCUUUGCACACACAGCUAUCACUGUGUCUUGCAAUUCAAUCACAAGAAUAUGCCUACUGUGCUAUCGAAGAAGCCUUAUAUGGGUGACAUCAUAAUGCAUCUCAUGAAAGGCCACUAUUUCAAUGGAUCUCGGUCAGUUGGUGUUCUAUUUGCCAAAUGGUUCAAUGAGAUUGCAGAGAACAAGUCUAAGCACCCAGAAGUGACCAUACCCAUGGUGGCACUGACAAGCACUGCAGUGUAUGCUGCACUCUCUUGGAAGGCUAGUGGCUGCCCAUCAAAGUUUAACUUCACUGGCAACCAAUUCAGUGAAGUCUACCUCUUACAUGUCAAAAUCCUGGAAGAUCUUAGAAUGAGAGUGCCGAAAAAGUUUCAUAAGCUUAUGGCCAACAUCUUCAAGGCAAUACAGAAGCUUGGCCAUAACACCAUCCCCACCACAUCACAUGCUGAGGCUCUUGCAUUCCUCAAUAUUGAUGGCAUGGAUACAUUGUUCAUUGACUCAGACUCGGAGACCUGUGACCCUAUCCCCAUCCAAAAACAUGCCUUUACUAUCUACCAGUGUUUCUUGCAUUCUACUAGUAUACUACCUUCUGGUACUAUACCCCUUUUAAUAAAAAACUAA